AUGUCCAUGUUUCGAGCGAAGAAGCUUGAUUUAGGAUGCUUCUACAACAUUCGAACUAUCCGCGACCACACGAAGCGCAAAACCUUUGAGCAAUUCGAGCCUGAGCGACAAGCGCUCCGAUACAUGAUACGAAAUACCACACUCACACCCCGAGUGCGCGCCGAAGCUCAAUUGCAGCUUGCGCAGAUGCAUUGCUAUACCCGACCGACACAAAUUCGCAACCGCUGUAUCAUGGGCGGCCAGGGCCGUGGUGUUCUGAGCGACUUUAAGAUGAGCAGAUACCAAUUUAGAGUGCAGGCUAUCGCUGGAAACAUCCCUGGCGUGAAGCGCGCAAGCUGGUAG